CAACAAAUUUCCAGAUCACUUCAAUUCGUCGUCUCCUGCGUUGACCAAAAUUAAUUUCAAGAAACCAAUCCGAUCUUUCAAAAUGGCAGAUUUCAAGGUUGUUUACACUAAGGAUGCUGCUUUCCCAGCAGGACCAUAUUCCCAAGCAAUUGCAACACCAUCCACAAUCUACUGCUCUGGCCAAAUCCCCUGCGACAGCGCCGGCACAAUCCUCACUCUCGAUUCCUCAUCCAUCUCCCAGAUGACCGAGCUCUGCAUCAAGAACCUUUCUGCAGUUCUCAAGGAGGCCGGCUCAGAUAUAUCGGAGGUCGUCAAGGUCAAUGUCUUCUUGACUAGCAUGGACAACUUUGCUGAGAUGAAUGCCACAUACGAGAAGUUCUUCACACACAAGCCGGCAAGAAGCUGUGUGGCUGUUUACCAGCUGCCAAAGGGUGUGCCAGUGGAGAUUGAGUGUAUUGCUCUUGCUUGAAUGCAUGGCAGAGGGACAGGGAGGGAGAAGCUGUGAGGGGGGGCAUGACAUGUGCAUGGUUUUCAAAAAAUAAAUUGCGGCUA